AUGCCAGCUCCAGCUACCGCAAGAGAGAAAAAGGUCCCCUCCCAGCAAGCAGCUCAAUCAAAAACCCUCUCAUCGUUGGGCUGCGAUUCUCACGACCCCGGCAGCUAUCGGCGAUGCCUGCACAUCUCCUACAGGCAUCAUGCUCAGUGCUCACUACUGGAACCGUUUCGACGUGCAGCAGGUCUUCCAGGUUCGUACUUGCCCCUCACCUCACCUUCACCCACAGCAGCCGAUUCUCGAACCUCCCUCGCCUACCGCACUACCGCUGGACUUGUUUGCAUUCCUGCGAACGACACUGCCCGCGCCAUGUUGUGCGACCCCAACUCUUCGACGACGAGUGACAGAACUACCGGCAGUUUCAUCCCCACGCAAGAUGAUGAUGAUGAUGAACAGAGCAGAACCCUUGUCACCAUCAACCGUCACCUCCCAAUCAACACUAAGACUUACCCCUCCACCCCCAAUCCCAAAACCUCGCGUCGUGUGCUCUGCUGCUGCUGGAAUCCUUUGCGGCGGCGACGUGCGGCUCGAUCCCCACGCCCCUCUGCUUAG